GAGAAGUUGAAUCCUUAUACUGGUUUCUUCUCUAAGAUUUCUCCUGGAUGGUGGUCCUUGUUGAUUUUACGGGGCCUAUGCUACAUGACGCCAAAGUUUCCACUGGCUCAAAGCCGUCGAGAAGAGGUAGUCGAAUAUGGUCCUCUUAGAGUGACUGACUUUAUCCUUGAACGUCUAGAGGAUGUCACAAGAACAAUGGAUUAG